AUGUUUGACCAAUUAGCCAUAUUUACAGGUGCAGGCCAAGUGCUAUAUCAAUACAAUUGUAAUGGUAGAAAAUUUGCAGAAUCACAGAUAGGUGCAUUCAUUAAUCAAUUGAUUAUAUCCCCAGUUACCAAGAAGGAUAAUGUUAACGGUAAAUAUAGUGUUGUUAACGUGACAGCAACAGAGAAACACGCUACACGUUCUUUUUAUUCUAUGUUUUAUCUUUCUAGACAACCUGAGUUAUAUUUUGUUAUUACAUUCCCUGAACAAUCGCUUGAAUUGAAUAAAGAAGCAGAGGCUACAUUAGAUCUAGCUUUGGCACUUUGGGAUUCUUUAGAGAUAGACGUGCAAGUGACAGAUAAUAUUAAAGCUAAUAAUGAUGUCUUGGUUGAUUUGGGUGAGGAUUUAAGUAAAUUUGACGAAUAUUUAAAGGCUAAAUAUGAAGAGUCAAUUAAAUUUAUAGCGAAGAGUGUAACUAAGGACAACGACGAACCCGUUACUAAGGAUAUCACCCCAGAACAGAACAACAAGAAAUCUAACAAAAAUUCCAUUAAGAAUAACAACAAUAAAGGAGGUAGAAAAUGGGGUCGUGAUGCUAUGAUUGAAGAUACUAGCAAUAUUGAUUCAUCCGCAUUAGAUUUUUCAGAAUCAGUAAAGGAUUCCGAAACAAAUAAUAGUAGUAACAAUAAUUUAGAGAUACCAAUCGAUAAGGAUGACUUUGGUAAUAGAACAGACAAAGGUGAUUUCUUAAUUAAAGAAAUUGAUGAUCUUUUGUCAUCGAAUGUGGAAAAUAAGAAAGAACAACAUGUGGCGGAUGGUACAUCAAGUUAUUUAGAUUCUGCAUUUGGAUUUUUACAAAAAAACUUCUUAGGUAACAAAACUAUUUCAAAUAAGGAUUUGAAACCUGCUUUAGAAAGUCUAAAAAAGAAACUUAUUAGCAAGAAUGUUGCUCCAGAGGCUGCUGAUUAUUUGACUGAUCUUGUAAAAAAGGAUCUAGUGGGUUCAAAGACGGAAAGUUGGACUACUGUCGAAGAUGCUGCACGUAGUUCACUAACCAAGGCUCUUACUCAAGUAUUAACUCCAGGUGUUUCUGUAGAUUUAUUACACGAAAUUCAAAAUAAAACUGGUGUCAGAACAACUGAUGGUAAAAAAAAUCCAUAUGUUUUUUCUGUUGUCGGUGUUAACGGUGUCGGUAAAUCUACAAAUUUGUCAAAAUUAGCAUUUUGGUUGUUACAAAAUAAUUUUAAAGUCUUAAUUGUUGCAUGUGAUACCUUUAGAUCUGGUGCUGUUGAGCAGCUAAGAGUCCAUGUUGAGAAUCUUGCACAAUUGAUGGAUGAAUCACAUAUCAGGGGUUCCAAAAAUAAGAGAGGAAAGACUGGGAAUGAUUACGUAGAAUUAUUUGAAGCAGGUUAUGGUGGUUCUGAUUUAGUUACAAAGAUAGCUAAGCAGGCUAUCAAAUAUGCUGGUGACCAGGACUUCGAUAUCGUUUUAAUGGAUACUGCCGGUAGAAGACAUAACGAUGCGACCUUGAUGUCUCCAUUGAAGUCGUUUGCUGAACAAGCCAAACCUGAUAAAAUUAUCAUGGUUGGUGAAGCAUUGGUUGGCACUGAUUCUGUCCAACAAGCCAAGAACUUUAAUGACGCAUUUGGACGAGCUAGAGAUUUAGAUUUCUUUAUUAUAUCAAAAUGUGAUACUGUUGGUGAUAUGUUGGGUGCCAUGGUGAAUAUGGUUUACGCGACUGGCAUACCUAUAUUAUUCGUUGGUGUUGGGCAAACAUAUACGGACCUGAGAACAUUAAGUGUUAGCUGGGCUGUCAAUACCCUAAUGGCAUAA